AUGAAAUAUUUUGAUAAAUUCGGAGAUUUCUUAAAGAAUAUUAAAGAUAAUUUAAAUAGUAAUCAUUUGGAAAGUAUAAUAUGGCUAGUAAAUAUAUUUCCAAAUCGAGCUGGUUUUUCAAUUUUAAAAGAAAAAGUAUCUGCCCCCUUCUGGAUUGUUCACUUGUCGCUCCUAGUGUACGUGUAUGGAGUGGGCAGUGUUGUGUACCAGAUGCAAUUUGCGCAGGGCGCUGGUGACUUUGUCAAGAGUUACGUCAACAUAUCUAUACUAAUUUUAACGGCCAACAGUAGCUAUUGGUUUUUGAUGAAGAGACGAUUACUACUGACAGUGCUCGAGCAAGUGAAUCUCAAUGAUAAGUUAUCUAGAGCAACAGAUUUUCUGAGGAAGAAACAUGAAAAAUUGCUAUCGACUAUAAAGAAGAUUUUAUUCACUUUCUACGGAUUCAAUCUUUUCGACGCAUUGUUUAUUUACUUGCCGCAUCGAAUUGAUGUCAGUAAUGAUUAUUACUCAAUGACACUAUGCUACGGGUUGGAGCCACUUACGUCGUCACCGAAUCGUGAGAUUUGCCUCGCAAUACUUUUCACACAAGAAAUUACUAUAAUGACAGUUGUUCUUAAUUACCAAGGGCUACUUCUGUUCAUCAUCGCUCACACGUCAGCUAUGUACGAAAUGCUAUCCGCGGAAAUGUUAGUCUUUGACGAAAACAAUGACAAUAUGGAGAAUCAAUUACCUGUGAGGCAACGAUUACCGUCAUUGAUUCGACGUCACGCUUUGACUUUGAGCAUAAUAAAGAACAUCAAAGCGUUGUAUAGCAUGCCGUUCGGUGUCAACUUCGGGUCUAACGCUGUCUGCAUCUGUUUAUUCUUCUACCUUCCUUUAUACGCGUGGAUAACUUUCAUACCAGUUCUCGUAUAUUGCUUUUUAGUUUUCUUUUUGUAUUGCUUCCUCUGUCAGAGAUUAAUAAAUAGUUCGGAGAUGUUCGCUAAUGCAGUGUACAGUUGUGGUUGGGAGAAGUUUGCUUUGAAGGAGAAGAAAAUGAUAUAUGUGAUGUUGAUGGUAGCGCACAAACCUAUAGAACUCUUGGCAGCUGAUAUAAUCCCAGUUAAUAUUUAUACAUUUGCGAAAACUUUACAAGCUAUUUUUAAAUUUAUCACCGUCGUUAAAUUCUAA